GGGUUCUUCCCAAAUAAAACGAGGUUUCUGAUUGGUUUGUUUAUGUCAGUCUGUUCAAUGAAGCCAAUCAGCGGCUAAACGAGUCCAAAACCGUCCCAAAUGCAAAAUGGCGAACUUCAUCGUGACUGUGAUGUUUUUGUUUGUGUCCAAAAGUUUCUGCUAUAAACCAGUGAUAAUUAUACAUGGAAUUCUCGAUCAUGCGUCAGACAUGGGAGAUCUAGCUACUUUUAUAACGCAGGCACAUCCAGGAACCAAAAUCACGCUCAUAAAGUUGUAUGAGGAGCUGGAAAGUUUUACUCCGUUGUGGAAGCAAGUACCUAAUAUGACCGAAGUGGUUCGAUCCGUCAUGCGAGAAGCAAAAGAUGGAGUUCACAUUAUUGGAUUCUCUCAAGGUAUUAUGGUACUACAUGGAUAGGCAAAUAAUUGCAUUGAAUUAUCUUGGAUUCCGUUCUCGCAGAAAAAUAUAAAAUAAAAUAUGUCAGCACUCUACCAAUGCAAGAUAUUGCUGUAGUUUCGGGAAAACAAUGGCGAGGGAAAGUAACAUCAUAAGUGUUUUAUAAAGUUGACCAGUUGACUUUUUGCAUUCCGUGGGUAGAGAUUUUGAGCAUCUGAUGGCCUUGUUACAAAUUCACCUAACGCCAGCGCCGCGCUUGAACUUAGCACUUCCGGGUCCAGCGUGACGCUGGACAUUGAUUUUGUUCAUUUCACUUUCCAGGGUGCAAAGGAAGUCAUUUUUAUGGCAAGCUGAAGCUAACAUUUACUAGCCCAAACAUCAUUUCAACUAGCCCACAAAACGUUUUGAUGAGCAGAUUGAUUUCACAGUUCUUCUGUAAUUUGAAUUCCUCAAAAAAAUUCACUUGCCCAUCGGGCCAGUUAAUAACAGAAUUCACUAACCCCAUAGCAAAAUUCACUAGCCCCGGGCUAUCGGACACUACUUUCUUUGCACGCUGCUUUCGAUCAGAAAUUGGGGUAACUGCAGAAUACCCUACCAUUCGAUUGUACUACUUGCACACAGCUUUUAUUCAGUAAUAAAAGUACAAUCUGAAACUGCUGGUUAUGUGGUUUGUGGAUACAUGUACAUUUAUAAAUACUAAAAUAAAUACUAAAAAAUAUAACCUGGCUAUUCAGUAACCUGCAAAGUAUUCUAUCAGUAGUGGAUCUAGGGGAGAGCCCAGGCCCCCUCUUUUUUUAGAACAAACAGAGGCCCAGAAGCCUAAGAAAAAUUGUUUUCCAUAGACAGCCCUUGUUAUCUCCAGGUCUGGAGAAGUGCCCCUCACCCCUGUAAGAUUUAAGAAUCCCAACUGGUAGGAGGCAAGCCAGUUGGCUAUUUACAAGCUUGGCCAAGGAUUGAGGGUUUGUACAGAGUUUUGGAUCCAAAAUUCAAGACUUUUUUCCCAAACAAUGUUUUUUCCAGACUCAAGGUUAUCAAUAGGUGAUCAAUAUAGACCCUAAAAAAGCAGGAACAAAGCUUUUUUCAUGAUGCGCUGCAAACGUAUUGCCAAGAUUGAAUAAGAUUUGAAAAAAAAAUUCACCUGUAAAUUGUAUCUUUGAAAAAAAAAACCUUGAGACUUUUUACCAUUUUUCCAGAAUUUAUCUCUAUUUUCCAGACAAUUUCCAGGUCUGAAAAAUUGCUGGGCAAAUUUCAAGACUUUAGCAAGAAUUCAAGACUCUGUACAAAUCCCUGAAGAUUUCAACUCAGGACAACCGAGAACAAAACCAGCUAGCGGUCAGGGUGGGACUUGAACUCACGGCCUCCGGAUUUCAAGGCCAAUGCGCUAACCACAGAUAAUCUGAAUUUUACUUUGACCUAUAACAUAGCGAUAUAGCGACAUUUUAAAGGGGUGGAGUGGUCAUGUAUACAGCCAUGGAAAAUGUUACCUUUUCUAUGAAAUUUACUAGCACGUUUUUCAUACAACUUGUUCUUUUUCUAUUUUAAGGUGGAAUUACAGCUCGUGCUAUCCUAGAGACCAUGGAUGAUCACAAUGUUGAUAGUUUCAUCUCACUCUCAAGCCCUCAAAUGGGACAAUAUGGAGGUUAGUUGUAGUUAGGAAGUUACAAAGAAAUUAAAUGAAAAAAAAAACAAGAUAACACUAUUUUUAAAUCUCCUACUGCAGAUCUAGACGGAACCAUCAUCCAAGCCAUGUGAAGGUCUAUAGAUCUGUUUGCAGGGCAAAGGCGGCACCUUGAUUUCUCAGUUAUGCUAAGACCCUGAGUAUUGAUUCUGCACAGGGAAUGGAACCCACAACCUCCUGCUCUGCAUUCAAGCGCUUUACCAAAUGAGCUAAUCCUGCUAUGGUUAAAACACAACUUAAAACUAAAGUACUCUUGGGCUGUUUUGAAAUACAUGUUAUUGUUAUAUAUAUUCGCAAUAACUCAUUAUUAAUUAAAGACACAAUAUCCUGUUUUUAGAUACCAGCUAUCUAAAGCCUUACCUUCCUCCAGCAGCCAGAAAGGACCUUUACUUGUAAGUUCCUGUUCCAUGUACUCAGUACAACAACAAUCCAUAUCUUUUGGAAAUUAUGCCCAAAAUAGUUAAAUCUAUUGUGUCUCUAUAAGAGAAUGUUCCAAUUUGUUUUAUUUUUCAGAUUCUUCUACACAAACUAUUUUCAAAACAAAUUUUCUCUGGCAAACUAUUGGAAUGGUAAGAAUGCAAAAUUUAAUGAUAAACUGAGCUGGCCUUAAAAUGCAUAAAAACUGUUUCUGUUUCACUGGUGACUAUCCUUGAAAAGCCUGACUGACAGGGAGAGGACGAUAGUAAUCAUGACGCAGUUACAAUAAUGUUUGUAUCUUUUCAUCUCUCAAAUAAGAUGUUCGAUCUAAGAAAGCAGAUUAGCCAUUGCAGUGACAAUACAUUUUUUUUACAACAGAUCCAUAUCAUGAAGACAAGAAUUACGAGUAUAAUGUCUUCUUGCCAGUAGUGAAUAAUAACAAUGCUUCAAAGUUUUUCAAUGUUACAGGUAUGAAUAAAGUUAAUAGAUUAUACUUAUUCACUGUGACAGUUUUUUAGAUAUAAGCUGCCAGGGUGCAUUUCCUCUAGAUUUAUCACCUUUUUAUGCUAGGUAAGAAGGUAAAAAGGUAAAGGUGUACACAAGCCAAAGGCCCAAACGGCCGGAGCUUAUCCUAGUUUCCUUAGCAUGAAACAUGCCGAGGAGUAUUGCUACUCCCUCCUGGACGGGAUGCUAGUCCAUCGCAAGGUUACCCCCAACAGUAUGUCGCUGGUAUCCAUUUAUACACUUGGGUAAAGAGAUACAAAGUGGAGUAAAGUUCCUUGUCUGAGGAAACAAUGCGACUGGCAAGGCUUGAACCUGGACCCCCACAUCCGGAGAUUGAGGUGUUAACCACUCUAUGAUACAUGCCUCCAUGCUAGGUAAACAGGUGAUACUUAAUUGACCAGAAUUACCCCACACAUGAUUUAUUAGUUUAAAAACAAAAAGCUCAGGAAAAAUAAUUGGAGCCCGCUAUACUAAUCUCCAGAUUGUUAUUAUGCAUGCGUCGCAUGCAUGUAGCCUGUAUUCAUUUGGACUUCCACUAAGAAUGAAUGGAAUGCACAGAACGCAAUUUGAUCACUUGCGUUUUUGGCCCUUCUAUCACUCGUAAUCUGAUCACGCAUGUUUUGACCAUCUACCAUCGUGAAACUUGCGCAAAGCACAGCGUCGGAGCAGAAACAUUUUGACCUUUGAUUGUUGUCGCCCGCACUCUGUAACCUUUGGUUAGUUUCAUUGAUAGGUAAGCAUAAAUGAUAACUGUGAAUUAAUCGUUUCAUUUAUUCAGAUGGUAAAAGAUUCAAGGAUAAUUUUUUGCGGAUCAAGAACUUAGUCCUGAUUGGAGGACCCGAUGAUGGUGUCAUUACACCAUGGCAGUCUAGGUAAAGUGCAUAAAUUUGCUGGUACCACAUUUUUGUAGGUUCUCAAAAGUAUGUAAGUGCAUAAGACAUACCAUCAUAUUAUUGCCACGUAUAAGUUCCCUGGAUAUAUGCCCCCUGCUAGGUCAUGUUUUAAAGCUUUAUUAAAAGACAGCAGGAAUAUGCAAACGUUUUUUGAUCAGCUUUGACAAAAAAUAUGUAGCUUUUAUUAUAUAGCACUUUUUCAAUUCAGAUAUAAGCCCCUCCAUGGCCUCCUAAAACCCCUUAGGAAGUUGUAUAUGCCCAGGGAUUAUAAGUGGUUGGUUACAGUAUCUCAACCUGCAAAUAAUUUUUAUAAUUUUAGAAGCGAUAAUAUUCGAUCAAGUCUCCAUUUCAGUCAGACAAAACUAAAACAUUUUUGGGUCAAAUAUUACGUUGAUUUUAAAUUUCUUAAAGUACUAUGCAAAUCAUCUGCUAUAAAAUAGGUGACAUGUCUUUGGUCAUUGAUCUUUCCAGUGAUCAUGUCCUGGAUUUUGUUGGACAGGGGGAGAUUUUAGUUGGUCAUUAUGUAAUAACUGACUGAUACACUGUACAGGGUUAGCACACUUUUGGUUUCUUCAAAUUCCACGACUUUUUCCAUGACCUUUUCUAGUUUUCCAUUACCUUAGGUUUAGCUGUCACUGUCGAAAAUUUUCAAAGCUUUACUUGUUUUAGCAUAUUGUUUUACCUUAAACAGUUCAACAGAAACGAACUCUGAUAUCCACCAAAAUGCAUGCUGUCCGCGCUGUUUAAUUACUCCUCUUUAUCUUACAUUAUCCUUGCCUUGUUACCUGCGGCAACUAAUCUACCAAACAAAAACUUUAAUUUUUCAUGACUUUCAAGGACCGAAAAUUAAAUUCCAUGCCUUUCCAGGCCUUGAAAACAAAAUUCUUACAUUCCAUGACUUUCCAGGUUUUCCAUUACCUGUAGGAACCUUACUGUAUUUGUAGCCUAUGCUUGAUGGCAGGAUCCCCUGCAUGUGCUUAAAGUAGUGGACAGAGUAACCUUGUGUUUUGAAAAACGUCCUUUACCCUUUAAAUUAAAGUCAGUUUGACUCCUUCUCCACAAUCAUUAUAAUAAGGGAGGAGGGAUCAGGCAGUGCUCAGAAGAAAGUCCCUUCCAUUACUGCCUUGAAAAUCCUGAUGGAAUUAGUUAUGCAUUAUCUUAUUUUUCAGCCAAUUUUGCUUCUAUAACAUGAACUUGACAGUGGUGGACAUGACGAAGCAACAGGUUAGUAUGACUUGUUAGAUUGGUAUUAAUACUGUAUUAUAUAUUCAUUUAAAUGUUUGACAAAAGUUCAAUAGGCAAACUAAGUUAAUCAGUAAUAUUAGCCAAACAUUACUAAGCCUGAAGUAAUCGUAAUAUUAGUCAGUGCUUAACUUAAAACUGGUGCUUACUGUAUUUCAAAUUCAUGAUAAAGUGGGGGCAUUUAUAUGAGGAGAGGAUCAAGAGGUAGUGCCAUAUAACAUUAUUUUAAACGUGUAAAAUUAUGGUUUUGGUUUUUUUGCCCUAUUAAAAAAUGAAAAUUUCUUUCAGUGAUCUAUGUCUUACUCUUAGUCCAUAUCAAUAUUAAUAAUGAUAAACACAAAUGUUUGUAAAAGGAAACAACUAAGAAACAAAAAACUCAAAAGAAUGCUUAAUAUAAUGCUCCCUUUUAUAUAUGGUCCAAUCUUUGAUUUUCUUUAAUAGUAAGUUGUAUUUUGCUUGUAAUGUUAUUUAGAUAUAUCUUGAAGAUACAUUUGGCCUGCGCAGUUUGGAUGAAAGAGGAUCACUUCAUCGCUACACUUUUUCAGGAGUAAACCACACCCAUUGGCAUGGAACAAAGAAAGUGUUUGAAGAGGCAAUAGAAAAGUGGUUAACAUAAGAUGUUAUUUUACCAAAUUUAUAUUAAAUAUAAAUUAGGCACUUCUUGAAAUUAUUGAUUCCCAGCUGAUACAGUGAAACCUGUAUUAAGCGGACACCUUAUUACCCCACACCCUCUAUUAAGCGGACAGUAGCCGAAGUCCCAAAAUUUACUUCCCUUAUUUGCUUAAAAUUAAACCUUUAUUAAGCAGACACUUCUAUUAAGCGGACGCGGACACCUAAAAAGUACCUGAAAUGGUCAUUUCUACUGUUACCAACCUGUAUUAAACGGAUACUUGUAAUCAAAUGCCACCACCCAACAUGCCAGACACCGGAAAUGCAAAGAUGGCCUGGAAUUGCCACCCACAAAUUUUUCUAUUUUCACAUUAAAAAACGUGACUUGACGAACAUAUUUGAUUAGUGUUUCCUAUUUCGUUUUGUUUGCAAUGUAUAGAGCUUGUUUCACUCAUCUGAUUUCUUCAAAUUUGGGUUGCAAUCUAUGUUUAUGGUAUUAUGAUCAACUGGUCCACUUUGAUAAAGAAAUUAAUGCAAACGUAUAUCGUCAAAAUCUCUGGAAGUAUUCUUAAACUUUCCACUGUUCAGUUUAAAUGGCAUUUGACACCUUAUAUGACGUUAUCUAUCGAAAUCUGUAUUAGGCAGACACCCUGUUUUAAGCGGACACUACAGCAUUCCCCGAGAGUGUCCGCUCAAUACAGGUUUCACUGUAUUAUGAAAGUCUUAUGCAGUAUAAUUUUUAUUAUAUUUUUUUAAAUCCUUGAUUAUUCAUUGAGAACAAAAAACUAUAGGACUCAUAUAGAUUUCAGUAAGUUAACGUGCAUUCAUUUUCCGUCUACCUUUUCAAUGUUUUUCUUUACAGUAGCAGCUAGUAGGAAUUUGUGCACACUUAUCUGUUAAGAGCAAAUUUUCUAUGCAAGUGAACAAUAAAAGUGUAUAUAUCAUGGCACAAUUUUUUAGGUUUCCAAACUCAACUGGAAGUAAAGAUUCAUUGAAGUUUGAAAGCAUGAAAAUGGUUAAUUGUGAUAAGAAGAGACAUACAUUGAGGACCUGUAAUGUCAUGCUAACCAUCUUCAAAAUAUUUGUGCUUUAAUAUUCAUAAUAUCAAAUCAAAUUGAAAGGUAUUUAGGAUUAAGAUCUCUCAAACGUGUUAUUUGAACAAUAAUAUAUUAUUGUUCAAAUAUUAUAUUAGUUAUUAUCACUUUUUACAUAAAAUGUCAAAACAAGACAGUAGGU